CGGCGGCGGGGCGGCAUGGCGGGGGCCGGCAUGGCGGGGGCCGGCAUGGCGGGGGCCGGCAUGGCGGGGGCCGGCAUGGCGGGGGCCGGCAUGGCGGGGGCCCGCGGGCAGCGGGGCGCGACCCUGGAGCUCUGGGGGCACCUGCGGCCGCCGCGCUGGGAGGCGGCGGACGACGACGAGGAGAGCGACGAGGACUUCGAGGAGCUCCUGGGGGAGGAUGCGCUCAUGGAGGCCGCCGGGCGGGAGCUGUCGGCCGCGCUGCCCCCGCGCCGCGCCGUUAUUAUACAGGAAUGCGGCACCAAAAAGGAGUAUGAAGUGGUUGGACGUUUUCCAUUAGUUGACCCUUGGUGGAAAGUUAAUGUUAAAGCUAAAAAAAUGGGGUCGAAGUACUUUGUGCAAGGAUAUCCUUCAUAUUUUCUGCAGACUGAUGUAGAAGAAAACAACCGACAAGUAUUUUCACUCUUUCUUACGGAGUGUCAUGUUCCUGAACAUUGGAAAGAAAAAUUUUUUGCUUGGCUCCCUAUGGAGUCUGUGCUGAGUUUUAGAAACCUUGAAGAAAAACUAAAACAGUUCCAAGUUUCACAGCUACAGCCAAGAGGAAUCGAAAGAGAUACCAAGGAUUAUGACAUAUUCCAUUAUGUUUCAAAAUCAUUUGCAGGAAAGGCAGUAUUGGGAGCUCUGGCUUUUCCGAGGAUACUGGAGUUCUUGCCAGUUCUUCUGCCACGCCACUUUUGCUGUCUGUUAGAGAAGAUGUGCUGGGAAAGAAAGGCUGAUAUGGAUGGUGAGGAGGUAGCUGAUGAGAUGGGAACAAAACUGGAUGAGAUACUAAAGGAUGAGCCAUGGAAACUUGGAUUCAGCAGGAUUAUGUAUAAGGAUUUGAACAUUCCUUACUGUGAGGCAACGUGGGCUGCCUUCUGUCAGUGUGAACAUCUCCUCUGGAAGAUUCCUGACUUGCAGAAGAAUGCAUUAAUUCUGUAUGAUCAGCUCAAGACACGCUGUAGACAAAUGGGACACACAUACGAAGAUCAAGAUGAAUUAGCUCGUUUGGUAUUCAAACACAUGCCCAUUGAGCAUGUUUGGCAAUCUCUUGAAUUUUUGAAAGAUCAGAAUGUAGUGAUUAGGGAGAAAAAGCUGGUGUUUCUGCCUCAUCUUUACAAAGCUGAAAAAGACAUUGCAAGGUAUGUAGGUGACCUUCUGUCAAACCACACAUGGAAACUGGAUGUGGAUGUGAAAAAGAUACUUAACAUUUCUGAGACACCAGGAGAAACUGCAAAUAACAAAAUGAAUAUUACCCAGGCACAUGAAGUAGAGGAAAAUAAUCCAGACAAUCACAAUGGUGAAAAUCACUUUCCUGAAAAGGAGGUGGGCUCUAUGUCUGGUAUCCAUAGUAAAGCAGAGGUAGACAAUGAUCAGGUGAUUGCUGUAAAAAAAAUUUGUUCUAAUCCUGUCACAAUCAUAAGUGGAAAAGGAGGCUGUGGGAAGAGUACAAUAGUUAGCUACCUUUUUCGUCAUUUAAAUCAAAUGGAAAAAGAAGUAGAAGCUGCUUCUAAGGACUUUGAAGGAGACUUGGAUGCCUCUGAAGAAUGGAAUACAUUUGAUCACCAUUGGGAAUCAGAGACUAUGUAUGCAAAAAAAUAUUUGAAUGUACUAUUCACUGCACCUACAGGGCGAGCAACAAGUCUUCUGAGAGAAAAAACACAGCUUCCUGCAUAUACACUGCAUCAGAUUAUCUAUAGCUUUAAAUCGUGGAGGCGGAGUGACCAAGAACAGCCGUGGAAGUUUUCUGCAGUUACAGUUCUCAUUGUGGAUGAAGGAAGUUUGGUGUCUGUACAAAUUCUUAGUUUAGUUUUGAAACUCUUGUGUGAGCAUGCUCAGCUUGCUAAACUUAUUAUUCUAGGUGAUACUAGACAGCUGCCAAGCAUAGACCCAGGAAACAUGUUAGCUGAUAUCUUUGAGGGUCUAAAAUCAAGAGGCUUUUCUGUGGAACUGCGAACUAACCACAGAGCUGAAUCACAACUAAUUGUAGACAGUGCCUCAAGAAUCUCUCACCGGCAGCUUCCUGAAUUUGAUGAGGUGCUGAAAGUUUCUGCUUGGAAUGAGGAAAUGACAAUGCCAAUCCCAGAGAAGAAAUUUAUUUUUAUUGCUUUGCCUGCUGGCGGGAAUUGUGAGAAUUUACAAACUGCAAUAAAGAUUUUACUUAAAAAAGGGCCAGGAUUGGAGGAUGCCAAACAAUCACAAUUCAUUGCUUUCAGAAGGCAAGAUUGUGAUCUAAUAAAUGAACUUUGUUGCCAACACUAUUCAAAUCAUUUAACCAGAGACCAUAAGAACAGACUUCUAUUUCAAACUGGGGACAAGAUUGCCAGCACACGCAAUGUUUACCUCAAGGACCUCUUGGUGCCCUGUGAUGUCAGAGAGCGUUCUAAUGGCCAGGAAUGCAGAAGUGGAGAAACCACACUCACUGCAGAGUCUAAUGAGGAGGGCAAACGACUCUGCAAUGGAGAUAUAUUUUUCAUAACAAAGGAUGCAGAAAUUGAUAAGCAGCGCUUGCUGACCAUCAGCACCACGUAUGGCUCCACGUUCACUGUGAGCUACACCGCACUGAGGAAGCUGUGUCACAUAAAGCAUGCCUGGGCCAGAACUAUUCACACAUUCCAGGGCUCGGAGGAGAGGACCGUGGUGUACGUGGUCGGCAACGCGGGCCGGCAGCACUGGCAGCACGUGUACACAGCUGUGACCAGGGGCCGCUGCCGCGUCUACGUCGUGGCUGAGGAGCCGCACCUCAGGAGAGCAGUAAAGAGCAAGGAGAUCACCAGAAAAACACGUUUGCAGAGUUUUUUGAGAGAGGCAAUUGCAGAAACAAACAACUGUCCCAAACAAAUGCCCUCUCCCCUGAUGAAGUGCUGGCGAAGUCGAGAGCUUGAGAAUCAGUCUGUUUCUGCUACUCAAGGUGCUCCUGACCCACCUGAGCUUCAGAGUGACCUCAUGACAGAGGAAGGGCCAUCAGUUCUCAGCAGAGAGAAGAUGGGCAGUUUGCAGCCAAGUCCAUCUAAAAGACAAAUGCCUGCAUCUGAGGAUGCUACAGAAAUACCCCCUACAACAGUAGAAGAAUCCCCACUUGGAUCUUCCAGACUUAAGAAUCUAACAUUGGGACAGCAAAUUCCUAGGAAGCUUUUCAAAAGCUAACAGACAAUUAUUAAUUGGUCUUGGUAUGAACCUUUACUGAACCUGCUGAAGAUUUUUGGGAUGGAGACACUGAAUAUGCAGGUGCCUUUCAAAGGCUUUCUUGGUUUUGCAUGUUCUGUGAAGAACAGCUUGUUUUAUGCUGAGCCUCUUAAAUUUUCAGUGAUCCAUUUUUAGUAGAUUCACUGGUGUACUGGUCAUCAAAAAUCAUGUAAUUCUUUCGUUUUGCUGAAGAAUGAACUUACAGGUCUUUGAGGUUCCAGAUGUUCCCUUAAAAAAUACACAAGGAUGUAUUUUGUUUUAAAGGCUCCUAGUUGUCCAUACCAAGAUUUAUCCAUCUCCAAAUGUUACAAUAUUGAUGAGAUGCACUUACUGAUGUGCCAAAACUAUAGAUUACUUGAGAAAAAAAAACAUUUUUUUAAACGUUUUUAUGAUGUGGCAGAUUUGUGGCCAUGAAGCUUUGAUGGAUUAUGGAUUUUAAUCUUGUUACAGACAUAACAAGAAUGUUGCAUUCAGUGACAUAGAAAACUUUUUCUAUGAUGUAGAACUUGCCAUUGCUGCUUUAGCUAAUAGUUCUGUGCUGAUGAUGAUCUUGGUAAGAAAAGCAAAACUCCAAAUCAGAAUUCAAAUAACAUUCCACUUUCAGUUUUCUCACAUGUACUUUGGGACUUGCUGUGUUGCAGUUUUGAGAUUAAUAAAUUGAAUGUUAAAUCAAACAUCAGACACAUUGUACUAAAAUGUGUACAACCUGCUUACCUUCAACAAUUUUUUCUUUUCACAUAUGGUAGGAAAAAGUAUAUCACAAAUAUAAAAAUGGUAUUUUUUCUAAAACUGUGGGGAAAAAAACUGGGAAAAUAUGAAGUAGAAAACCUCUACCUCAUUUUUAAUGUCUUCAAAUCACUGUUUAUUUCAAUUUAUACAGUUUUUCCAUACAAAUAUUUGCAACAGUUUGAAUUUCAAAAAACAUAACAUAGACGAUAAAUAUCAUGCUAUUAAAGUAUUAAAUUUGUACAAAAAUACUUUACAGUUUAAUACUUAUUUGUUACAAAUAAAAAUACAUAUUUAAGUGACUCAUGGACCUUGGA